UCAGAGUGUCCAGGCCUGGGCACCUGCCCUGCCUAAAGACCCCUUAAUGCCCCAGGGCAAGGAAUGCAGUGGUGCUUUGACCUGGAGAGGUGAACUGGGGCUAACAACUGCUUCUCCAAAGAAUUUGGGAAGUUUAAAUCAGGUACCACCUGGGGGCCAGGCUGUAGGCCUUGAUAGCCCAGGACCUCCUCGGGAAAGGAGGUACCAGCCUGUGGAGAUCUGGGGAACCAACCGCUGGGACUAGAUUUUUGUACUUUUCUGGACUAUGAUACUAAUGGAGUCUGCCUCUAUUGUGCUUGAAGAAUAUGGGAAGACCGGCUGUAUGGGUCCCCAUGUGGGCCUUCCUGGAGGAUGUGGCCUCCUCUUCUUCGAGGUUAUUGCUUUGACCUCAGGUGGCACUGGUCCCAGUGGGCUAGCCCGGAGUGGGAGUCCCUGCUGGGGCUUCCUUCCCAACCUUGCUUGCGUGCCUCAGAUUCUAGCAUUCAGUGCACCCUCUCCCUGACCCAGGCUGGCCUGCUCUGCAGAUGGCAUCUGGUGGCAGCUUUUCCUUGAGGACUUACCGCUUUAAUUUUAUCAAUUCUUGAGAAGUUCUUCUCUGUCUGGCAGGGAGGAAGCAAUAUUUUUAAAGCAUAGCUCUUCUGGAACUAAUCCAAAACACUGAUUUUCUUCCCCCAAGGAGAGGAGAGAGGCAUCUGGCAUGAGUUCACCUCUGGCAGCCAGCUGCCAAAUCGCCCACACUCAGAACAGCCCUGGUGCACUUGGGUUGUCGCCCUGCUCCCCAAAUUACCCCAAACUGUCAAAAGGUCACUGUCCUGCACUUCUCUCUUUCAACUACCUCCUUUCCUAAUGUUGAGCCAAUACAUGGUUUUUGUGCUUUGGAGCAUUAGUGGUUGAGGAUUGUGGCACCAGGCGAAGGGCUUGGGCAUUGGUCCUAGCUCUGCUGUCGUCCUUGAGUGUGACUGUGGCCAGGAAAUUUCGCUUUUGUGGUCCUCUGAUUCCUCACCUUGAAAUGAGAAUAAUGAUAACACUUACCCACCUUGAAAUUUGCCUGUGAAAACCUCUAGGUAGGUGAGCAUGUAUUGAGCACCUACUAUAUGCAAGAUUCUGGAGCAUGAAGGAUGAAUGAUGAGGAGCCAUAGACUGUGCUGACCAGGAGUGGGCAAUAUAGUGGUGAGAUACAUCAAAUGCCUGUUCCAUGGGGGGAAGAGUGAGGUCACAAGACGGGGACUUGCCUGUGAAUGCGGGGCCUGAAAGAAUGGGCCACAUUCCUCUAGGCUCUCUCCAGUCUCACACCCAGGGUGGCUCCCGUGCUACUCUUGGGUCUGGGUCAAAGGGCAUUCAGGGCUAGCCUGCAGUUGAGAAGCAAGAGCAGGACUCCCUGGAAUGACCACAGAGCUGGGCUGGGUUCAAGGGGAGGAGUUCAAGGACCUGAGGCAGCACACACACAUAUCUGCCCAUAGGGGCUGAGAGUGAGUGUCCGGUACCGUAUCUGUGAACAGCUGUUAUAUUGAUCCAGCCCUCAGUCUGGGCAUGGUUCUGACUCACACUGUUCAUUCAUUCAACCAACAUCUAUGGAGCAUCUACCAUGUGCCAAGCACUGCAUACAUUCUGGGAAAGUGUGAACAGGGCAGGCUCUACCUCUGUCCUCUGGGCACCACCCGGCCUGGUGCCCUUGCCUAGCGCCAGUCUCCCUACCUUGCAGACGCUCAUCACCACCGUGGGGCAGACAGUCUACACCGUGGCCCCUGUGCUCAUCCUGCUCUUCGUCCUGAUGUUCAUCUUUGCCGUCUUGGGCUUCUGUCUGUUUGGAGACCCGGAGACGGGUGACCCGAAUAACUGGGGGAGCCUGGCUGUGGCCUUCUUCACCCUCUUCAGCUUGGCCAUGGUUGAUGGCUGGACAGACCUGCAAGAGCAGCUGGACAAGCGGGAUUUUGCUCUGAGCCGGAUAUUCACCAUCCUCUUCAUUCUGCUUGCCUCCUUCAUCUUCCUCAGCAUGUUUGUGGGUGUGAUAAUCAUCCACACUAAGGACUCUAUCAAAAAGUUUGAGCAGGAACUGAAGUUGGAAGAGAAGCAGGUGAUUCUGAAGCGGCAGCAGGAGGAGGUCAGCCGGCUGAUGCAGACACAGAAAAAUUUUGACCACAAAAGUUUCAGUGAGCUGGUGGAAAACUUCAAGAAGACUCUGAGGCACACUGAUCCCAUGGUCUUAGAUGAUUUUGGCACUAGUCUACCCUUCAUUGAUGUCUACUUCUCCACUCUGGACAAUGAGGAUACUACUAUCAAUAGACUUCAAGAGCUGUACUAUGAGAUUGCGCAUGUGCUGAGCCUGAUGCUUGAAGACUUGCCCCAGGAGGAGCAGUCCCAGUCCUCGGAGAUGCAGUCUCAGGCUUCGGAAAAUCUCGAUUAGAAGUAGCUGGGUGUGGGGACAUCCAUAUGUGGUGGGCCUCGCAGGCUGCAAAAGGCCCCCAUUAAAC